GUUAAAUUUAUUAAUUUAUACGCUGCCUUCUAGUGAAACAAACAACGAUGUCCGCUAAAUUAAUAAUUUUUCUCUUGUUUCUUCAUGUGACCCUCGGCCUGUCGACCAAUAAAAAAACUUUCGAAAAUGUCGAAGUUCAACUGUUUGACGUCCUUCGUUUGUCCUUUAAGAAAACCAUCCUGAGGGCGAAUUCCCUAAAAGACGAAAUUCCCGAGCAAGUGACGUUCGAUCAUGUCAAAUUUCACGAGCAAGUAAUUCCUGCUUUGAAAGAAGGAGCCAUUGCGGACCUAAAAACCCUGGAUGAAUUGACAAUCGAAAAUUGUCAUUUAAAAGUAAUACAUCCAAAAGCUUUUAAGAAUCUUCCCAUGCUUAGAAAUUUAGUGCUGAAGGACAACGAACUGGAAGAAAUUUUAAGUGAUGUUUUCAAUGGCUUACCAAUAUCCAGUCUGGAUAUAAGCGGAAACAAUAUUGUGUAUAUUGAGAGUAAUGCUCUGGAUAACUUACCAUUGCUUUUAAAUAUCAUUUUAGAUAAUAACAAACUGGCAGAAUGGGAUAGCAGGUGGUUCAAAAACGUGCCAGAUUUACUAAGAAUUUCGGUACAAAACAACUCAAUUACCAAGUUACCAGCAAGAGCCUUUCAUAACCUCAAAAAGACAGAACCGAUAGCUGAUUUUGACUUGAGCCUCAUAUUCAGUCAUAAUAAGAUCGAGAAAAUUGACGAGAAUGCUUUUGAAGGAAUCGAUAAGCUGAGGAACUUGUUUUUGGACCACAACGAGCUCUCUGAGUUCAGUGAGAAUAUUUUGCACGGAGUUGAAGUGACAACUUUACGACUGGAUUAUAAUAAACUCGACUGUUUACAGGGAAAUCUGGAUAAGGUGCUGAAGGGCCAAAAGAACCACCUUGACCAUAACUCCUUCGACUGUAAAUGUUUGAAAACUUUGGAAAACUGGGCCAAGAAAAACCAGAAAAACGUCGACGUGUUCAGCAUGUCUUUGGAUUGUGUCCACGAGAACAUGCGCAGGACUAUAUCGAAUAUUCAUCGUUCUAUUGACGAGCUCAGAAGAAAAGUGGGCGUGGCUGGCAAAGACGCUGUCACGAGGGCACCAGAAGAUCAAGUUGAAGUAUUAUUUAAGUGACAUAAUGUGUAAAUGUCUGAUGUAAAUAAAUCAGUCUUGGGGUGUAAAAAAAGUGCAAA